CAGGCAAUCCCUAAUUUCGCCUCAAAAAUCCCAAAAAGCUUCGUUCUUUUUUAGUCAUCGUCUUCUUCUUUUCUUCUUCGUUGGUAGCUAAACCGUAGAUGGCGACUUCUCUGGUCUCUCCUCUUACUUCACAGCUCAACCAUGAAGCUGUCUGUUCCAAGUUCGUGCUUCCCAAAUCACCGUUCAUGUCGGGAUCUAAGCUCUUUUCAUCGAACAUGCCUUGCUCUACUGUUCCUAGACGCACAAGAAGAUCACACUGCUUUGCUUCUUCUAAAGAUAUGAGCUUUGACCAUAUCCCUAAACAAUUUCGAGGAGACAAUCUCAAAGACGGAGUGAUGCAGAACUUCCAGACUGUACCGCAAUAUUUUUACGGGCUUAAUCCAGCUCAAAUGGAUAUGUUCAUGACGGAGGAUAGCCCUGUCCGUAGGCAAGCGGAAAAAGUUACAGAGUUAAAGCAGAGACUUGUAUGAAAAAUAAAGGAGUAG